ACAAGUAAAACCAGCAAAUUUUCACGACUGCAGGAGGUGUAAAUUUCAUGCAUUUGUUCGCCUUUAUUUACUAUAUUUUGAAUUGCAAUGAUUGAUGAAUAAAUCGAUGUUAGGUGUGAGUGAUGAAGGCAAAGCAGAAGAAGCAGAAGAAAAACACCAUGAAAAUGAAAUGGAGCCUACAAGACAUGGCGAGGGCUGUGAAGGCAGUACGGGAAGACAAAGUCCCUUUACAACGAGCUGCCACAAAGUUCAAAGUGCCAAGAAACACACUGAGAUAUCGGAUCGACAAUGACAUUCCCAUCAAAGAACUAAAACACAUCCAGAGAGGGCCCAUCACUGCCCUGAGUCGCAAUAGUGAAGAGCAUCUCGCAAACUUCAUAGUCUACUUGGAGAAACAUGGCUUCAUGCUUCAUCGCAAAGUAAUAAAUGAUUUUGCCUGGUUGAUGGCCAAGAAAGAAGGCACACACGUCAAGUUCAACGGGGCAAUGGGUCCGGGGAAGCAGUGGUGGUCGGGAUUUCGUCAACGCCACCCCGAAGUGAGUGUCUGGAAACCACGGAAGUGCCUUCCCCUUACGCAAGCGAACGUUACAAUGAAAAACAAGCUGAAACGACAUUUUAAGGCACUCGAUAGAGUCCUUGAGGAGAACGGUAUUAAAGAUGAUAGAAGGAGGAUCUUCAACUGUGGGGAGUCCGGGGUUGAGGUUGACAUUGCGUCCCGGCAACCAGGCUACCACGACACGAGACAAGGACCAGGCGCAGAGAACGUAGAAACCAAGGAACACAUCAGCAUCCAGUUGUGUGUUACUGCAUCGGGAGAGUCACUACCCCCAAUGCUUAUAUACAAAGGGAAGAAAUCUCCCAAGGGCAGAGCCAUUCAGGGAGGUCCCGUAGGGGCACUCUAUGCAACCUCAAAGACGGGCUUCUUGAACUCUGAACUUUAUCUUCUGUGGUUCAAGAAGAUCUUUCUCAAACACAUCACUGACCGUCCAGUCGUCUUAAUCCAGGAAGGUACUAGCUGUCACAUGACGCCAGAGAUCGUCGAGUGCGCGCAGCAGAACAAAGUCGCUUUGUAUUGCAUUCCGAUGGGAACCUCGCGCAUCCUUCAACCCCUUGAAGUCAGCGUCAUGGAGCCGCUUAAAGAGCAGUUGAAAAAGGCCGUAACUGAUUUGCAUGAGUUCAAGAACAGUCCGGGUCCUGUCAUCACUCGCUUGAACUUUGCCUGGGUUUUCAGGGAGCCGUUCGAUAAUGCAAUGUCCAAACAUACCAUCAAGAAGGGGUUUAAGAAGACUGGGCUCUGUCCCUGGGAUCCAGACCGGAUCGCAAUCGAGGCGAGGAAAUCCGACAUCAUCGAGGUGGACCCAGGGACUGAAGUUGAAAUCAACGAGCAGACCCCAGUGGCUCAGCUGGCCGUCAUGGUCUCUGAAGUGCCUGAACCCAUUCGGGGUCAAGAUGAUGAGAUUAUUGAGAUGGUCGUCAACGACGAGGACAGCAAUGAGGUCAUCAUUAUUGAUCAGAUCAUCGAUAUGGGGAUCAGUACCUCGGGACAGCUUGAACCAGUUCAGAUACUUGAAGACGAGGAGGCACAUUCUAUAUCGAGCGAUGACUUGGAUGAGAUUCUUGCGGAGGAAGAUGAAGAAGAAGAACUUUUAAAUGAAAGAAGAGGGUUGUCUGAUGAUGAAUUAGUUAUUAUUUCACAAUAGUUCACCAGUAGAAGCCUAGAAUUACACGCAGGACACUAAGGCUACAACCUCUGUUGCCCCUGGUCUUGGCCUUCGUGCCCCUUCAAAAGUUCCCCAUAGACU